AGUUGCUGACCCUCUUUACUCAGAGAAAGGGAUAUAGAAACUUGGGGGGAGAGAGAGAGAGAGAGGGCUCUGGUUGGAAUAUCUCCAGAGCUUUCUUAAGGUCGUAAGAGUUGAGACCUAUAAACGUCCCCUGCUAUAUGUGGCAUCUCAUGAUCCUAAAUUGCCCAUAAUUUCUCUCUUCCUUUCCCAUAAAAGAUUUUCCUUUUCACCCAAGAGUUGUGUAGAGAAUUAUUAGAGGUUAAAAUUUGAUAGAAGUUAAGAAAUAAUUAGAGAAUGAAGAUUCAGUGCGACGUAUGUCACAAAGGGGAGGCCUCUGUAUUCUGCCCAGCGGAUGAAGCCGCUCUUUGUGAUGGCUGCGAUAACAGCAUCCACCACGCAAACAAACUUGCCGGUAAACACGCUCGCUUCUCUUUGAUCCACCCAUCCCUCAAGGAAGUCCCUAUCUGCGAUAUUUGUCAGGAAAGGCGCGCCUUUCUUUUCUGCAAAGAAGAUAGAGCAAUUCUGUGCAGAGAAUGUGACGUCCCAAUUCACAAAGCCAAUGAACAUACCCAAAAACACGAUAGGUUUCUUCUUGCAGGUGUAAAGCUCCACGCCUCUUCUUCUUUAUACCCAACCUCAACAUCCUCUAAUGGCUCUGAAGCAAGCAUCGAUACUGGGAUCAGAAGCCCACAGCCUUCAUCAAGAAAGAGACCAGACUCGUUUUCUAAUGAAUUGUUCCUCAGUUCUCCAAGUGGGAAUGCAAUUCCAACAACGAGCAAGGUUGAAGAAAAUCAGAUUAACGACACGGUUUCUAUUUCAACCAGCAGCAUAUCAGAGUAUUUGAUGGAAACUUUGCCGGGUUGGCGAGUUGAAGAUCUUCUUGACCUUGCCUAUCCUGCCGAUGGUUUCUGUAAGAACUUUGAUCAAUCUCUCCCGUUAGGGGAUCAAGAUCUUGAGAGAAAUAUGGGUUCUUUUCCAUCUGAAGAUUUGGCCAUCUGGAUUCCUCAAGCACUGCCUCAAUUUCAUCUCUUUCCCGAGACUGAUUUUCUGAAGGGAUUCAAGGAAUCGGCAAAGACUAAUGACGUAAAAGUGAGCAGCCGGAAAUGGACUGACGAUGGUUUUACAGUACCUCAAGUGAGUCCUCCAUCUCUGAAGAAAUCAAGACGCUUUAGAUAAAAAGCUUAAGCUUUUUAAAAUUUCUAUUUGCCAAUUCGUGUUCAACCUGUUCGUAAUCUGUAGAUCAUCGUCUCUAUGUGGUUAAUUCUCAGUUUUUAUCAGUGGCUUUGCUAACUGUUGUUCACUCGAAUUGUUUGUCCUAAAAUAAUAUUAAUAAUAAGAUAAAAAAUUAUUAUAUUCUCAAA